CGUAAAUUAACCUGUCCGAAACACCCCACCUUUACCUCGUUUUGUCGACGUCGGUGUAGUAAUUAUUUGGGGAAAAAAAAGGAAACGGAGCACCAGGAAAACAACAGGAAACCCAACUCAAGCUGAUUUCAUUUCAGACUUUUCAGUUUCAGUUUCAGAAGAGGAGGCUGGAAAUGGAUGACCCAGAAGCCACACCCCCUCACUUUUCUCUCUCUAAACAAGGCGCCUCGGAUUCUAUUUCUUAUCCCACGAUUAAUAAGCAGAGGAAGUCUUCUGAGAGCAAGCUGAAACUGACCCAGAUUGGUGAUAUGUCUCCGGAUCCAGACUUCAGGACUGAACUAGUAGCAUAUGAUGGUUCAAAGGAGUCUAGAAGCAGUAGACGGAAGAGAGCUAUGAUUGAUGAUCUCUAUGACCAUACCAAAGUUCAUUCCCCUGUAAUAGAACGAGCAGAAGAGCUUCGAGCCAACCUAGAAGCUAGCUUGCCAAGCUUUUGGAAAGCUAUGGUUAAGUCAAAUGUUACUCAUGGCUUUUGGCUGCAUCUUCCUAUGCGAUUCUGCAAAUUGCAUAUGCCAAAGAAUGAUACAGUAUUUACAUUGGAAAAUGAAAAUGGGGGUGAAUAUAAAGUAAACUAUAUUUCACAAAGGACAGCAUUGAGCGGUGGUUGGAAGGCAUUUUGUGAUUCAAAUGAAUUAAAUGAGGCUGAUGUUCUAGUUUUUCAUUUAAUUGGACCUUUAAAGUUUAAGGUUUUUGUAGUGAGAGCAAAUGGAAUUGCGAAUGUGAAUGCUGAAGCAAAACCACUAAAUUCUGUUCCCUUGGAUGUUGAGUUUGAAGCAACAAUAAAAGAUCAGACUGAGAAGGGAAAGAGAUCCAAGAAAAGGGCUAAACGCUUAAAGUCUCCUCCAGGCUUUAUACAAGACAAUAUUCAAAACAACGGUCUGAUGGUAUUAGAGACCACUAACGGGCAUGUUACAGAUCAGUUUGAGAAUGGAAGUGCAGAUCUUGGCCCUAACUCUUCAGAAGGGCUUCAGUCUUCAGAAUCCACCUGUAAUUUUAAAGAAGUGAGAAGCAUUGACGAUUUCACCAUUCUUGUGAAUGAUUUGGCUAUUGACUCCGAACUCUCUGAUCACCAUAGGACUAAAUACUAUGAGCUCUGCUGCUCUCAAAAUUCCUUUUUGCAUAACCAUCUUCUGAAGAGCAUUAACUGUAAAUUGGCUGCUGAAAUAAUUACCCAGACUGUUAACAUUGCAGAGGCCAUUAGAGCUUGUAACCUUUCCACAUCUCAAGCUGAUUAUGAGGUUUGGGACAAAACCUUAAAGGGCUUUGAGCUAUUGGGCAUGAAUGUUGCAUUUUUACGUGCUCGGUUGAACCGGUUGAUGAGCCUCGCACUAGAAUUAGAAGAGCCUAUGGAAUCAAAGAGGCUCAAAGAAGUAACUCUAGAGAAAUCCCGUGCAGAAGAGGAGAUAAGAGCUCUUGAAUUGAAGCUUUUGACAUUGAAGGAGACAACGGGAAUACUUGAUUAUAAGGUAGAGUCUUUGAAGGCGAAAGCUGAGAAGCAUGCUCUUAAAUUUCAGGAGGAAGUUAAUGCUCCAUGGUGAUUAUAUACAUUCCAUAUUAAGAAUUAUUAGGUAAUGAGAAAUAUCUCUCUUGAUAUACUGUUGCUGUUGUUGUUUGCUUGUUCAUUUUUAUUAUUUGAUAAGGGUGUAGGGAGGCAGCUAGGAUUUCAGAGUCAGAGCUCAUUAGUUUGUACUAACUUUGCAGAUUAAAAGUUUCUGUGUAAAUACUGCAAUUUACAUAGUUUAUAAGAGUCAGCCAUGAGAGAGCUCAAACAAUAAUGUAAUUUUCUAAGCUGAUAAUGUUGUAGCAGUACUCUUUUGUUCCCCUUUCUCUAACCUUUGGAUUGGCCUUUUAACUCUCUUCUUAACAACUUCAUGAGCUGUGAUUGCAGAAAAUG